AUGAACACUCCCAUACCCCAUGCUGUUACUGUUGCUCGUAGUAAUAGUCUUCGUAUGCCUACGAUGAAAGCGAUAGUGAAAAUGAAUAACGAUCUGCUUCCUAGUCCUUGUCCAUCUAAUGCCGUAAUACGACCACCCUCUGUGCAGCCGUCGUCAAAAAGUCGUGGAUAUCCUUUUAAUGAUCCCAAUUAUGCUCCACUUCCGAUGCGACCACCUACUGUGACUACGUUUGGAUGUGAUAAGGUUAAGGCUAUUCCUUUAGCUCAAGUCACUGGGUUUAUUUUUGGUCUUCUAUCCAGCCAGCAGAGUACAGCUCGCAUAAUGUCUCCGGUAAUGUCACAUUCCGAGAACACCACACCUCCACGGUAUGAUAACGUGAAAGCUGUUACUUCUCGUCAUACGAAUGGGGCUGCUUAUAACGUUCAUUCGGGAGUGAUAUCUCCAACAACAUCUGCGCCAUCCUUAGUCACUUCUCCUCAGAAGACGCCAGAUGAUGGUGUUGGCUACGAGGAGUUUCGUGCGGCGUUGUCGAGUGUAGUUGACCGGGCUGAUCCGCGUGUAGAUCUCACCGACUUUAAACUUGUUGGCGAAGGUUCAACGGGUAUUGUAUUAUCGGCUUACAAAGCUUCUUUGAAGCAACUUGUGGCUGUGAAGCGGAUGAAUCUGAAAAAACAGCAACGACGCGAAUUGCUUUUCAACGAGGUCUCAAUAAUGCGAGAUUAUCAACACUCGAAUAUCGUUCGCAUGUUCUCAUCACAUCUGGUUGGUGAUGAGCUGUGGGUGGUAAUGGAGUACAUGGAAGGAGGGUCAUUAACUGACAUUGUCACUCAAACCAGGAUGACUGAAACACAAAUUGCUACCGUUUCCCUGCAAGUACUGAGGGCUCUCGAAUUUCUUCACACACGACGUGUUAUUCAUAGGGAUAUAAAGAGCGAUUCCAUUCUUCUAAAACGCGACGGAAUCGUGAAGGUUUCUGACUUUGGUUUUUGUGGACAGUUAUCCGACGAAUUUCCUCGACGAAGAUCUCUGGUCGGGACACCGUACUGGACAGCUGCUGAGGUCAUUGCCAGGCAACCCUAUGAUACAGGCGCUGACAUUUGGUCGUUUGGUAUCAUGCUGAUUGAAAUGGUUGAAGGAGAACCACCACUUUUUAACGAGCAGCCGUUUCAGGCGAUGAAAAUGAUCCGUGACGAGCCUCCACCUGUAUUCAAUCCAACCGCUAACGUUUCUGCUGAAUUGGCGCACAUGUUGAGCCGAUGUGUUGUGAAGGAUUCAACGAGGCGAGCUACAGCAUCGGAGCUACUACGUCAUCCCUUCCUUAGUAAAGCUCAACAUCCUAGCCAGGUUACCACGGCUCUCCCUCACUACGAUUAUCAUAGCCGCCAAGAGACUGGGAAGUGCACGGGAGGCUGUUUGGAGUUACCUCCAACAAAUGAGCUCCGCAAUGGACAACAUCGACGACGAAUACGAUCGGUUCGUGGACACCUUCACGACUGUAAAAGAAGAGCCGAGAGUUUUAAAGUGACCAAGAGACGCAUUUCUCCAGAACUCCUUGAGCUAAUAACGCAGCGUGAAGCAGAACGAGGCGCGGGCAACAAAGAACUCACGUUCGAGCUCACAAAGCGAUGGAGAGAAGCGAUACAAGAAGUUCUCGAAGAGAGAAGAAGAGCAGUAUUGGCUGAAGUAGCAAAAGCGGGGAAGAGCAUUCACUAUGCCCGUCGAGACUUCGCCAAUCGCAAGGCGAAGAUGACUGCUCUCCGGAACCCGAAGGGAGCAACCGAAACAAAAAUUGCAUCGAGAAGAGGGAUGGAAAAGGGAAAAGAAUCCACGACUUGUACUCUGAUCUCUUCGACAGCCUUGCCACCCCACCACCAAAAGGAAGAUGAACCUGCCAAUCCAGAUGUUCUCCUUUCCGAAGUGUUAUGUCAAUGUGAAAUUCUACUGCACUCGGCCCCAGCAGGAUAA